AGAAAAGUCUAAAAGUUUUAUUUGGCAAAAUAAUAUGGAAAACACUUAUACCUCGAAGAUGGAUAAAGAAGAAAACUCGUCGAUUAAUGAAGAUAAAGCUGCUGCAAAUCCCCUUCCCACCCUUUCGUCUACUGUAGAUAUUUCGCAAUUAAAUGAAAUAUUCGUUAAUAAAUGUGAAACAGAUAAACUUGUACCAAACGACAAUGUAAAUACUAGUGACAAUAAUGGACAUGCUAUCGCCACAACCGUCUACGUACCAGAAACAAGGACUCCAGAGUUACCAACAGUAGACAGUCCUCCUGCCAGCAAAAAACCAAAACUAAGCUUGGCAAAGUUAAAGAAUAAAAUUACAAUUGAAGCAAUUAUAAGUGACACAUUCAUUACUGACAUUCCGCUCAGAAAUGUAAUAUCUUGUGUAAUCGGUGAUAGGAAACAAGCUGCAAAAUUGGUCAACUCUUUACCGCCUCUACCACAAAAUCUUUUACAUUUAAAGCGAAUUCGUACUAGAGGUGGUCGUCUUGAAAUUAUAGUCUGUCCUCCACCAGAUACUACCGAACAAGAAAUAAAUGAUCCAAUUUCCGCCGUGAGAGAGAUGCUACAACUUCAAAAUCCUGACUCUUGGCGUGGUCUGGACUUGAGCUUACUCCAUCUUUCACCUGUUGCCUCGUCCCUUCCGCUGUGUCGAAAGCAAUACGACGCCGUGUUUACCUACUGGCCUUGUAACUUUCACCCAGAUCGACCAAUCGAAGAAAUAAUGAGUGAAAAUGCUGGAUUCUCUGGAGUGGAAAUUGAGGAAAUUUACAACAUCGUGACUACUCAAGUAAUGGAACAUAGCAGAAGACAUGAGAACAGGCAAGUCUGCCUAGUAUAUGACCCUUCUGGCGACAAAGAAAUUCUAGUUUGCACCCUUGGUCAGGGUGGACCAAAUCCUCUUAAUCACGCAGUAAUGGUGGCGGUCGAACAGUUCCAAAGCCAGAAAUGGACCAACCGACUAUUUAUGUACUGGCCUUGACAUUUACUUGUCGCACGAGCCUUGUGUAAUGUGUGCAAUGGCCCUUUUGCAUAGCAGAGCAAAGAGAGUAUUUUUUGUAAAACCUGAAAGCAGUGGUGGUUCUCUUUCUGUUACAAAACUUCACUGUUUGCCUG